AAGAUGAGCUGUGAAUUGAUGGUUGUGUGUGCUGUACAGCUUGGAGAAAACCUCUGCCUCUAUUUUGCUGACGAUGAUGAGCUGGAAUGUGAUGCCUUCUCUAAGGAAAAAACGCUCCAUCGCUUCCUUCGGAAUGUAAAUAGCCAGGUGCUUGUGGUCCAGCCAGAUCUAAACCUGGCAGCUUUUGAAGAUGUAACAGAUCAGGAGAUGAAAUCUGGCAGCGGAAUGAACUUCUACAUGCACUGUUACAAAACUACCACCCCUUCAGCAGGGAUGCCUGUCGCAUUCAGCGUCCAGGUAGAAGAUAAAAGCUACUACAUGUGUUGUGAGGAAGAACAUGGGAAAAUGAUAGUUCGAUUUCGGGAAGGAGAAGUUCCCAAAGACAUUCCUGGUGAAAGCAACAUCAUCUUCUUCAAAAAGACAUUUACAUCUUACAGCUCCAAGGCAUUUAAGUUUGAAUACUCACUAGAACGAGGAAUGUUCCUGGCCUUUGAGGAAGAAGACUCCUUAAGAAAAUUAAUUUUAAAGAAACUGCCAAGAGAAGAUGAGGUAGAUGAAACCACAAAGAUAACUUUAACAAGUCAUAAUGAAAGGCACAACCUGUGAUUACUUAAACAAUCUUAAAAUAAAAUUUGGCUUUUUAAAGAAAACUCUAA